UAGGUAGCACAGCAACACGCGCCAUUCUCUCCCCGCGGUAUCACGUUUCGCCCUGCGUGUGGAAGAGGAACUCCAUGUUGCCAACUUUCGCCAACUUUCGCCAACUUUACACUGUUUUGAAAUGACGGUCCAGUUCUAACACAAUGUCGGAGUCGGUCGACUUGGAGGUACCUCCGUCCCCGGGGCUUCCACCCUCGUCCCCCAGGGCCGGUAAAACAGGGGGUAGCAUUGUGCGGAAGAGAAGCGUCCGGAGGUGCAUCUCUACGGGGAAGGAGGAGGCCAUCCCACUGACGUACGGCCGUAACAGGGAGGAGUACGACAAGAUUGUGGAGAGGGUGAUGUCUGACAAGGCUGUCCAGGCCGCCGCCGAGAGUCUCCAGGAACGCUGGAGGAUGAUCAUGAUUAUGUACGAGGACUGCAUGAAGAUGGUUGACGACUGGGAUGAGCGGCAGGUGAAGAAGGCGGAAGCCAUCGAUAUGUUUCAGCUGUUGAUCGCUGUAAUGAUGGCCGUGUCGGGUCUCAUACCCGUCAUGUGUUGUGUCUAUAAGUGGGGAUGAUAAGAAGCAUCACGGGACUUACUGUUAAAGGUUGUCUUUCGACGUUCCCCAGGAACGAGGAUAUGGUUAACACUGGUUUUGAUGUAGGCGCGGCAGACGACAAUGGUUCAGUCCAAUGACUGAAGGAAACCUUCCAGUCGUCUGCGCCUGUAAACGCUCAGGAAAAUGUUAAUUCUCGCUGACGCACGAGUGUGGUAGUGAAAAAUAUGUUCAGGUGUAGCUUGCACGGCUAUCAGUGUACCGGUUUCCGAAACCAGACGCAGUUAGCUUGUAACAGUGUGCUAGAUGCAGGACACUAUAUGGAAAACACUAGUUGCAGGUGACGCACGUUUGUCGCGGUUGGUCUGUAAUGGCCGUCUCUCCAUGGAUGCCGUAGCACCACAAGAGAGUUGAACGCUGAAUAUACGUCCAUCUGACUAUAUCACCAGAGUACAGUAUGGGCAUUGCACACUGAGGGGAAUCAAACCUGUGUGUUCGGCUUGACAAGCAAACACUUCCAUCACAAGCCUACUCCGCCACCCCACAGUGAACACUGCAAAACUUCAGUGGUGAGCGUACCUGGUGAUGGUAGACGGGUAAUAAUAUCACGCCAUUAAGUAAAUAAAUAUAUAAACCAAAA